AUGGAAAUGGAAUCCUACCAAGCGAUCCUCAUACCCAGUGACGGGCGACCUCCUUCGCUAGUCCCCCUCGCAACUAGUCCUGUCGCCAUAACAGACCCGUUCUCCGUACAAGUGACGCAGACGAGUCGGAUGCCUCACCCUGAGGUCUACAUGGACUACAUUGCCGAGUCCCUCGGAUCGCGGGCGUGGCAAUACCAUCUCGUCGAAGCGCUUGAUGGGAUGAACAAGAAGUUCGACACGCCCUACAUCAUCUUCUACCCUGUGAUAUCCCGAGAUGGGAUGCCCUUCCCAGUUAACAAGUGUGUUCGGGAAAUACAGGGAAGACUAUUCCGAGAAGACGCUGCAUGGCGAGGUAACCUCGUCGUCGCUAAAUACGCCGAGAGCUCCUUCACGAGCAUGAUGAAUGCUUCUAUGGCCGAUUUCCCCCUAAUCAAGAACUACCUAAUGCAGCACAAGUCGCCUUUGACUCCCGUAAGUCCUGCGGGUGUCGGAACCUCACGCGCAUGCUGA